UUCAGGCUCUGGACAUAUGGGCAAUGGGAGUGACGCUGUUUUGUUUCAUCUUUGGAAGGUGUCCUUUUCAUGAUGAAUACAUCUUAGGCCUGCAUGAAAAGAUCAGGACUGCGCCAGUCGAGUUCCCAGACAUGUCUGUGAUCAGUGAUGGGCUGAAGGAUCUCAUCAUCAGAAUGCUGGACAAAGUCCCUGAAGCUAGAAUCACAUUACCAGAAAUCAAGCUGCACCCAUGGGUCACGCUUGAUGGGACGGAUCUUCUGCCUCUGGAGGAGGAGCACUGCACCGUGGUGGAGGUCACUGAGGAGGAGGUGCAGAACUCGACAGCUCUGGAGAAAAUGGGGCUGCUGGGAAACCUCAAAAAGGGAAAUGAAGUUGUUCUUUACAUUACUUUUGUGUUUUAA